GAAGACUUGAGAUGAGCAGCGAGACAAAUCAGAAAGAGAAAGAGACAGGUGGAGCAGAGAGCUCUUGGCAUGGCUGCUCCCGCCAUGGAGAGCUUAGCCGUGACGGCUUUGCGUUCGGUGAUGCUCCGCGUCCAACAAGCUACCGAGAGAUCAGGCCGCAACGCAGAUCAGAUAAGGGUAGUAGCCGUCAGCAAGACCAAGCCUGUUUCCCUUAUCCGCCAAGUCUACGACGCUGGUCACCGCUGCUUCGGCGAGAACUACGUCCAAGAACUUGUCGAAAAAGCACCUCAGCUUCCGGAUGAUAUAGAAUGGCGUUUCAUCGGGCGCUUGCAGAGCAACAAAGUUAAAAUGCUUCUCUCCACUGUCCCAAAUAUUGCUGCAGUUGAAGGUGUAGAUGACGAGAAGCUUGCAAAUCAUCUUGAUCGGGGAGUUGCAAACAUCGGAAGAAAGCCUCUCAAGGUUAUGGUUCAAGUGAAUACCAGUGGAGAAGCAUCAAAAUCUGGAGUUGAACCGUCAGGUUGUGUAGAACUUGCAAAGCAUGUUAAGCUGGGAUGCCCGAACCUUGAGUUUUCCGGACUAAUGACAAUAGGGAUGCUGGAUUAUUCAUCUACUCCAGAGAAUUUCGAAACAUUAUCAAACUGUAGGAUUGAGGUUUGCAAAGCACUUGGAAUAGCAGAGGAGCAGUGCGAGCUGUCAAUGGGGAUGUCUGGUGACUUUGAGCAAGCGAUUGAAAUGGGUAGUACGAAUGUGAGAAUUGGUUCAACCAUAUUUGGACCAAGAGAAUAUCCCAAGAAGCAGGCAAACUAGCAAUCUUCAAAGUCUCUGCUUGUUCAUAAAGAUUUGGUGGCUUUCUGUAGACUUUUAAUUUAAUAUGGUAUCCUUUAAGUUGUCAAUUUGUUGAUAUGCUUUUCCCUAUCACAUCUCAUGAGCAAACUGAGAAAAAUGUGUGUUUUUGCUCACUCCCGUUAAUCUUAAUCUUGUUUAUUCUCUCUUUAUAUAAACUGUAAUCUUAGCCUCAGUUUUCUGGUUAGCCUCCAGUACUCAGAUUAUACCCCGAACAGAAGUAUAAUUAAGUA